UUACCGCAGCUACCCUUUUGCAAACUCUCCGUGCUUUACCUCCAUGCCAGUUUAUGGGACGAUACUUGCGAUAUGAGCCUGCCAGGGCCUUCCGUACCCUCCUCAUCUCUUACAGGUAACACGCAAUUUCCCUAUAUGCGCAUAUAUACAUCAGCUUUCUUCGCACUGAUUACCAUCUGACGCCUCCUCCAGGAGUCCGCGGCAAUACAAAGGCAACGUGCACCCAGACGGGACUCCUAUGGGCGUACCACAUCAGCUUAACUGUGGCGAGUUCGUAGAGCUAGAAUUGCCGACAGCUAUGAAGCUCAUCAAAACACCCGGCGCAAGGAGGCGUACUAUCCUGUACAACUCGGAUGCCCUUACAGAUCACGGGUACGAGGGUAUCAGCCUUCUUCUGGAUCCCCUUCUUUAUGAUACAGAAACGUUAAAGAAGAUUGCCACACUGUUCGGGCCUGUCGAGCACUUCCGGCCCUACAAACUCCAGGAGGAUACCUCACGGUGCGGUGGAUAUCUAAAUCUACACAAUAGCCCGCGCUCUGCGCUUAUGGACCCUGGCUGUUGGCAAGUGAAAUGGUGUCACCGUGACGAUUGUGUGAGCGCUUGGAUGACACUCCGCAGUGUCCCUCAUUUAACAGUAACGUGGGCGCACCAAUCACAUUCGGAGAAGCACGGCCAGCAGCAGUCAAGCACCUCAAGCACCUCACCUUCCAAUCAUACCUCGCAAGUAUGGGGCAGCCACGUAGUCGCUCGUGAUAGCCUGAACUCCCCUGAAUGCUCCCGUUUCAUUCCCUCUUUCCAUGGUCCUCCCAUGAAUCGUGAUUCCUUCACUGACCAAGUCGAUCUCAUGCCGACGUUGUGGGUACGAAAUGCCCCUACAACCCCGGAUAGCGGAAUACAGCAGUGUCGACCCCGGGCAGCAUCCCUCACUCAACCCAAAACCUUACCUCCAUUACAGUCUAGCGAACAACUUUCGACGCCUUGCGGUGCUUCCAACCGGAGGAUUAUGUACUCUGCGACCUUCACUGUGCUCCCACCGACACAUCCAUCGUUCAGCGACUCAGGGGACGCUCAUGACGUUAAUCGGCAAGAAGUUCCAUCGUCGCCCAAGCUCGUAGCAUUUCCAGCUCCGAGCGAAGCUGGUGGACGCCACAAUGUUGCCCGUGAUCCUACGACGAUCUUUGUUGGGGGCCUGCGGAUGUCUGGUCCUAAGCCCUGGGUCGAAAGUAAGAUUCGUGCGAUAUUUUCGAAAUACGGAGGGGUCAAGGAUGUUACUGUGGUUCGUCCUGUGAACAAUCGACCUGGCUAUGCGUUUGUCAAGUUUGAUAACACGGAAUCACCUCUUCAAGCCAUAAGCCGAGAGGUAGAUUCCACUCCGGCAGGUACAGACACAAAUAAUUAAAGCAAGUUUGCAGCACAAUCGCAUCGUAGACGGGCGACGGAUUCGUGUGCAACUACGGGAUUUGCGUCCCUACCGAUGGAAGACUUUGCAGUCUAUUU